AUGGUGUCAACACGCGCCGGCCCUGAGCCCAUCGCCAUCAUUGGAAGCAGUUGCAGGUUCCCUGGAGGAGCCUCGUCUCCAUCGAAACUAUGGGAGCUUUUGCGAGACCCACGAGAUCUGCUGAGCGAUAUCCCGUCAUCAUGUUUCAAUGCAAAGGCGUUCUAUCACAGUGACCCUGAACAUCACGGGUGCUCGAACGUUACCACGUCAUAUAUGCUCGACGAAGACAUCCGUGUGUUCGACCACAAUUUCUUCAACAUCAGCCCGAAAGAGGCGGAAUCGACAGAUCCGCAGCACCGCGUGCUCCUAGAGACUGUCUACGAAGGAAUAGAAUCAGCGGGCUAUUCUCUGCAGCAACUAAAAGGAUCCGCAACGGCGGUCUUUGUUGGACAAAUGACGGCAGAUUAUCAUGAUGUUCUUGCGCGAGACUUCGAUAGUAUCCCGCAGUAUAUGUCGACUGGUACAUCGCGAUGCCUUACAUCAAACAAAGUCUCCUAUUUCUUCGACUGGAAAGGACCCUCCGUCACAAUCGACACUGCGUGCUCAUCAAGCCUCGUUGCUGUUCAUCAAGCCAUUCAAGAACUCAGACAUGGCGAGUCGAAGCUGGCAGUAGCUGCAGGUGUCAACUUAAUUCUAGGCCCCGAGAAUUAUAUUCAUGAGUCUAAGCUUCAUAUGCUUUCUCCCACAGGUCGAUCACGCAUGUGGGACGCCAAAGCUGAUGGCUACGCGCGAGGAGAAGGGUCUGCAGCUGUUGUGCUCAAGUUGCUCCGCCAAGCUAUUGCAGAUGGAGAUGAUAUUGAAAGCGUCAUUCGGGAAACCGGGGUAAAUCAAGACGGUCGCACUGCCGGUAUAACCGUGCCGAGUGUUUCUUCUCAGACUGCAUUGAUUCGAUCGACUUACGAACGAUGCGGUCUAGAUUGCUCGGUGGAAGAAGAUCGAUGCCAGUACUUCGAGGCACACGGUACUGGAACAUUGGCGGGCGACCCCGUCGAGGCUGAGGCUGUGCGAAAUUCAUUUUUCGACAAUCCACGGGACGGUGAACAUGCAUCGAAUAUUUCUUCUUCAACCGCUAAACUUCACGUUGGCUCCAUCAAAACGGUAAUAGGCCAUCUUGAGGGUGCUGCAGGUCUUGCCGGCCUCCUGAAAGCUUCUCUGGCUGUUCAACACGGAUUUAUUCCGGCCAACAUGCAUUUUGAUCAACUGAAUCCAGCUAUCGAGCCAUUUUACCAUCACUUAUGUGUCCCUACGAAAGCAAUUUCGUGGCCAGUUUUGCCACAGGGCGUCCCACGGCGGGCAAGUGUUAAUAGUUUCGGCUUCGGUGGCACCAACUGUCACGCAAUUAUCGAAAGCUGGGAGACAGCAAAAUGUGUCCAAUCUCCAGACACGUAUCCUUACGGGCCUUUUAUCAUGUCGGCAAACUCUGAGUCUGCAUUGUCCUCGGCAGUUGCAGCAAUGGCAGAAACACUCAAGCAACGCGAAGACAGCCAGAUCAGUCUUGCCGACUUAGCUUUUACUUUGCAGAUGCGUCGCAGUGUGCUUCCGUUCAAAACAAGCUUCUCUGCAACAACAUCAAAUGACCUUAUCGAUAAAUUAAAAUCAGUUUCUUCAAAGUCCGCAGCUGGAAAUAAUGAGCCAUCUUGGUCGACAGCUGCAGUCCAUGUCACCGAGAGUCUGCCACCACGGAUACUGGGCAUAUUCACUGGCCAGGGCGCACAAUGGCCUACAAUGGGGGCUGCUUUAUACGAGAAAUCAGCUGCGUUCAGGAAUACCAUGCAAAGUCUCGAGAGAUCGCUUGCUUGUCUUCCAGAUCCUCCGAAUUGGUUCCUUAGCUCAGAACUUCUAGCGCCGACCGAAACAUCUAGAGUACACGAAGCUGCCAUUUGUCAGCCCCUCUGCACUGCAUUGCAGAUUUGCCUUGUCGAUCUCUUGAAAGCCUGUGGGAUCGCAUUUCAAGGCGUUGUGGGACAUUCUUCUGGUGAGAUUGCCGCUGUGUAUGCAGCUGGUUACAUCAACGCCCAUGACGCCAUUCGCAUUGCAUACUACCGUGGUCUGCAUGCAGAAGCGUUGCAAAGUCGAGAGCGCCCUGGACGCAUGAUGGCAGUCGGAAUGGGCUUUGAGAAUGCGCGCCAGUUUUGUCAAAAAGACCAAUUCUUGGGAAGAAUUGUUGUGGCAGCCAGCAAUUCGAGAUCUAGCACCACAUUGUCCGGAGAUGCAGACGCAAUAGAGGAGGCCAAAGUUCUGCUCGAUGCCGACCGAAUCUUUUCGAGGAUUCUGAAUGUCGACAAAGCCUAUCACUCUAGGCACAUGGAAUCAUGUUCUGAGACCUACUUGAAAUCCCUUCACCAGUGCGAAAUCGCCAUACAAUCUGAAGGUCAGAACAAUUGCAAAUGGUUCUCCAGCGUCUAUGGACCAGAUGGCAGAAGUAUCAAUGACAGGGCAGCGCUCAGAGGUCAAUACUGGGUGGAAAAUCUGUCACAGCCAGUUCUGUUUUCUCAAGCAUUGGAUAGGGCCGUGACGGAGUCAUACUGCUAUGACAUAGUCCUCGAAGUUGGCCCUCACGCGGCGCUCAAGUCACCGGCUACGGAGACUCUCAAAACGCUCACCGGUAUUGACCUUCCAUAUAUCGGAAUUCUGAACAGAGGGAAAAAUGAAAUGAACGCAUUUUCAGAUGCCCUAGGUUUCCUGUGGAAAAGCUUUCAACCAUCAUAUCCACUUAUUGAUUUUCAAGCAUUCAGAAGGGCCUGCAUCGGCGAAGAAAAAGCCCAUCAAGUUUCCAUUGUCAAAGGACUACCUACCUACUCCUGGGAUCACGAAAAGCCUCUGUGGAAGGAAUCGCGAGUAUCAAAAUUGUAUCGAGAACGCAAAGAUCCACCACACGAGCUUCUCGGCACAGCAACUUCGGACGGCAACAUGAAAGAAGUCAGAUGGCGCAACGUCAUGCGGCUGAGGGAGAUGGAUUGGCUCCGUGGUCAUCAGUUCCAAGGCCAGGUUCUCUUCCCGGCUGCAGGCUACAUUUCUAUGGCUGUAGAGGCAGCUGUCAGACUGGUCCGUGGUGGACAGGACGCGGCUGUGCAAUUUGUUGAGCUUGAAGACCUCGUCAUACAUGAGGCCAUUAUCCUUGAGGACGACUCAUCGGGAACAGAUGUGCGAUUUGUGAUCAGGGUUACCGAAAGGUCUUCAAACAUGAUCACAGCCGAUUACACAUGUUACAGUGCAGGGGUGGAUGCUUCAUCGCGGGACACGGAGAAAGUCAAUUUUACUGGACGAGCAAUUUUGACCCUGGCUACAUCUGCGGAGCCUUUUGCUUUGCCCGCCAGAGAAUCACCAAGGUUGCCGCUGUCAGAGCUCGACGUUUCUCGUUUCUACGCAUCACUGGAGGAGAUCGGCCUGAAAUACUCUGGAGACUUCUUGAUCGAGUCGGCUUGCCGGAGACUCGACAUGGCAAACGUCAAUGUUCGGCAUAUAAGCUCUCCUCUACUUGUCCAUCCUGCAACGCUGGAUGCAGCCUUCCAGGGAGUAUUUGCCGCAUUCUGCUUCCCUGGUGACGGGAGACUCCAGACAGGCCAUCUGCCAACAAAUAUAGAACGCGUUCGCAUCGAUGUGUCUGCUUGUCAAUAUCCACCUUCAAAUCAAGAAUCCGAGCUAUUUCACACCGCAGACUGUUACGUCAGGUCAACAUCUGGUGAUAAAAUAUCUGGAGACGUCAAUGUUUUCCUCGGUGCCAAGCAUCGCCCGGAGUUGCAGAUCGAGGGACUUACCUGCACUUCCCUCGAGAGAAGUCUGGCUCAAAAUGACCGUAAGACAUUUGCGCGCACCAUCUGGAUGCCAGAUAUUGCCAAUGACGUCCUGCCCGAAGCUCCGUCGAGCACUGAGGACAGAGAACUUGCCGAGAUCAUUGAACGGGUGGUUUAUUUCUAUUUAAGGAAGCUCCAAAGGGAGAUUUUACCUGAGGAGAUCCCGCAGAUGGAUAAGCAUUUCCAAUAUCUCAUGAGUUGGGCUUUGGAUCAUGUGCUACCUCGCAUCGAAAUUGGUCUAUACCCUCGGGUCAAGGCUGCGUGGAAAGACGACACCCCAGAAAUGAUCGCGUUCUGGAAAUCCCGAUAUCGCGGCAAGAUCGACAUGGAUCUAAUCACGGCCCUCGGCGAAGCCCUUCCAUCAGUGUGCCGAGGGAUGUUGCCAACAUUGCAAGUGCUGAUGGAGAAUGAUAUGUUGAACAGAUUCUAUAAGGAGGGUCUUGGAUUCCCGCAGGCCAAUUUCCAUCUAGCAAGUCUGGUCUCACGAUUUUCACACAGAUAUCCUCACAUAAAAGUCUUGGAAAUCGGUGCUGGCACUGGCGGGGCGACAGCCCAUGUACUCAAAGCUCUGUCGCCUCAGUUCGAGUCAUACACUUAUACUGAUAUAUCACCGGGCUUCUUCGAGAACGCUCGGUCUCUAUUUCACGAGCAUCUCCACAAGAUGACGUUCAAAACGCUUGACGUCGAGCGAGAUCCCUCGGAACAGGGGUAUAAAGACGAGUCUUUCGACCUGAUCAUUGCGUCUAACGUCCUGCAUGCUACCAAAGUUCUGACCAACACAUUGCGAAAUUGUCGACGCUUAUUGAGACCUGGUGGUCAGCUUCUGUUGAUGGAGAUUACCAGCGCCGAAGAGACGAUUCGUCUUGGUUUCAUCACGGCCGGUCUACCAGGUUGGUGGCUUGGAAGGGACGACGGCAGGAUUCACACUCCCACCCUUAGUGAGUCUCAAUGGAACCUGGUUCUGGCCGAAAACGGGUUCUCUGGGGUCGACAUAGCACGCAGAGACUUUGAAAAAGGCCACUACAAUACUGUCAUGGCAACACAAGCAGUGGACGAUAGAGUCACUCUUCUCCGCCAACCACUGUCGACGGUUCAAAAUUCAUCAGAGCCCAUUACCUCGCUGGUGCCACGCAUCACUAAUCUGAUACUUGUUGGUGGCAUCAAGGCAGCGAGCAAUGCAAUCUUGAGAACCCUCACGAAACUUCUGCAGCCAUUCGCUGGUAGUAUCUUGACGAGGAAUGCCCUUGACCUUCUCUCCACAGACUACCUCAGUCCCGGAACUGUGACCCUGUGCCUCGCGGAUCUUGACGGACCUAUUUGGAGAGACAUGACUGAAAUGAAGUUCAACGGACUGAAGAAACUGUUCCUUGGGUCCAGCCACAUUCUUUGGGUCACGCAAGGUCGUAUGGCUGACGAGCCGUACAGCAACAUGACUCUCGGCGUGGGCCGAUCACUUCUUCUAGAAUCCCCACACGUGUCCCUGCAAUUCCUUGACUUCGACAUCGUUGGUGCAGCUGGAUUCGAGGCCGUUGUUCUGGCUGAACAUAUUCUGCGAAUGACUUGCCUCAGCAGCCCAGGCUUUGAGGGAGUGCUAUGGAGUUCCGAACGUGAACUCUGCAUAAAGGAAGGACGAGCCUACAUUCCCCGAAUCCUCCCGGAUGAUGACCUCAAUGCUCGCCUCAACGCACAAAGGAGACCUAUAGAAAGGGAUUUCUCCAUCCUCACUUCCUGUAUUGAGGUUGCUCAACGAAACGAACGAAUAGCCCUGCUGGAGUCCGACCCGCACACAAAUUGUGCUGGGGAACACAGCAGCUGUGAGAACCGCCUCGUCCGUGUUCAUGUGUCAUCGCUGUUCCCAUUCUCUACCCUAGACCACCAAUCACUCUUCAUCUGUAUCGGUUCCGAAUUUCAUUCCGAUGAGAGGUUUCUUUUCCUAUCCCAGAGCAAUGCAUCUCUCGUUUGCGUUCCUCGCGACCAGAGGUUGGAGUGGAAUUCAGGGUUGAACGACGAGGAGGCUCUUAAUGAGGUCCUCUCGCAUCUCGUCGCCGAGAACCUUUCUUUUGAAGUUGAAGGGUCUUUAUGGGUACACGAGGCCGAUGAUCGACUCGCGAAGUGUUUGACGCAUUGCUCCGAGAAUCGAGAGCUGGGCGUGUUCCUUAGCACCGCGCAGUCCCGAAUCGACCCACUAAGACGCUUCAUCCAUCCACGAACCGCCCGGCGAGACCUGGCUAGCAUCCUGCCGGCUGAUCUGACGCGAUUUGCAAACGCAGGUCACAAGAAUGGGAGGGAAUUUGACAAGAUUUUCAAGUCCCUAUACAAAGACGAGUGUGUUGAUGCCCAAAGCCUCAUGAGAAAUGUCGGCGGUCGGCGAAACGUCAUUCUCCAGUUCUCGCGACACGCGAUUCUGGACAGGCUCUCUAAAAUAUGCCUUCAUGUAUCCUCAAGACACAUUCAAAGCUGCGAAGGCAAUCCUUCAACAGAACUAACCAUGAUUCAAGAUGUGAAGGAGCUCCCUCAUGAAGACAAGGGACCCGCACAUGUUAUUACUUGGAAAGGCGAAGUCACCGUUUCUGCGCUCAUCCGGUCGCUCGAAAUGGCAACUCUUUUCUCAGCCAACAAAACAUACCUUUUGGUUGGUCUUACUGGUGAGGUGGGCCUCUCGCUAUGCAGUUGGAUGGUCAAAAACGGGGCGCGGCACCUGGUCAUUACCAGCCGGAAUCCGGAUAUCCACCCUGCGUUGCUAGAUGACUUGGAGCGACGUGGUGCCAGGGUCAGAGUCUUCGCUUUGGAUAUCUCUGACCGCAUGGCAUUAGACAAAGUCUAUUUGGAGGUUUGCAACACGAUGCCGCCGAUUGCCGGAGUGGCUAAUGCUGCAAUGGUAUUGAGUGACAAAGCUUUCGAAAACACAACGUUCGACAAUUUCAAUGCAGUCCUUGCGCCGAAGGUACAGGGUAGCAAGAAUCUGGAUGAUCUCUUCUUCUCAGCGGAUCUUGAAUUCUUUGUGCUGUUCUCCUCGAUCGCCAGUGUCGUCGGCAGCAAGGGACAGUCCAACUACGGAGCAGCCAACUUGUUCAUGCACAGUCUAGCACAGCAACGCAGGGGCCGCGGUGUUGCAGCCUCUGUCAUGGACAUCGCAAUGCUUCUUGGUAUCGGGUACGUGGCCCGGUCCUUGGACCAGUAUGAGUCUCAGAUGAAACAGUACAGCUAUAUGGCCAUAUCAGAGCCUGAAUUCCACGAUAUCUUUGCUGCUGCUAUUCUGUCUGGGAAACCACGAUCCAGCCAUUCUCCGGAGGUAAUCACUGGGGUUGGGUACGAUGCGGACGCUCCAUGGACCUCGGACCCGCGCUUUUCGCAUUUUGUUUGCCAUGAGCAGAAGUUCGGCGAGAUCGCUCAGACCGUCCAUUCUUCGAUCAACAUUCUGGGUCAACUGGCCCAGUCGAAUACCAACACCGAGGCAUUGGGUGUGAUUGAGGUCGCUUUCUCGAAGAAGGUCGAGCUUAUGCUGCAACUGGCGGCUGGAAGCAUUGAUGUCCAAGCGCCCUUGGUUCAGAUGGGCAUUGACUCACUCGUCGCUGUUGAGUUGCGGUCUUGGUUCCUGAAGGAGCUUAAUAUUGAUAUGCCGGUGCUCAAGUUCCUCAACGGUGCAUCUGCUUCAGACAUUUGCAUGGGUGCAUUGGCUCGUCUUUCAGCAUUAUCUCGCACACGAGGUGCUACUGAAGAUAACCGGGACGACCAAAGCUCAUCCGUGUCAAAAACAGAUGGCCAAUUCUUGUGUCAAUUAAGCCCCACUAAAAGCGAACCAGGUACACACACACCAAGAUCCAGCUGUGGCUCGGACUCUUCAAGUAGAGUUACGCUGGACGUGCUUCCACUUACUUCCGCUACGACCCCAAAUAACGAGCGUGGAGAUAUCAAUCUCCAGAGGUCACCAUACGAAAGAGUUGGUCCCUUGUCCAUCGGACAGACUCGACUGUUCUUUCUGCAAGAGUAUAGUCAGAAGAAGUCCGCAUACACUGUUAUCAUGCUUGGAAAGGCGCAGAAGAAGGUGAAUGUGCCGAAACUUCAGAAGGCUCUCGAUGAUGUUUCCCAGAAGCACGAAAGCCUCCGGAGUGCAUUUUUCAUUGAUGAGUCCUCUGGACAAUUCGUGCAAGCUGUCACAGCCACGUCAGGAAUCACACUCGAACACAAGAUUGUCACCGGACCAGACGACUUGGCUGCGGUGGUUGAGACCCACAAGACCUUUGAAUUCGACUUGGCACGAGGGCAAACAAUAAAAUUCCUGGUGUUGACCGAGUCGCCGACUACCCAAUACAUACUCAUUUGUUACCAUCACAUCGUUCUGGAUGGCUUCAGCGCGAUUAUGUUUCUAAAAGAUCUGGACGAGGCAUACUCAGGCCGCAGGUUGGUCCCACCAGAGCAGCAAGCAAUCGACUUGUGUGUCAAGCAGCAACUCGAUAGACUACCCAGCAAUCUUCCAGGCGAACUUCAAUUCUGGCCUAUGAUUCAUAGGAAAAAGUUGAAGCCUUUACCUUUGAUGCCUUUCGCGAAGGUUAGAAAUCGGAAAAUUUUACGGAAAUUUGACGUUGUGUGGCACGAUGUCAUUUUCGAUGUCCAGAUCACAAAGCGAGUCAAAGCCCUGGGUACGAAGCUCAACGUGACCCCGUUCCACAUUUACCUUUCCACCCUGGCCGCAUUCUUAUCCCGCUGUCUUAAUAUCGACGAGUUGAACAUAGGUGUCAUGGACAGUAACAGGGUUGACACUGAGGACUUGGAAACCUUCGGCUACUUCAUGAACUUUUUGCCGCUGCGCUUUUCGAUGCAACCCAAAUCCACCUUUGGCUCUUUAGCGCGCCAGACUCGAGAUAUGGUUUACGCUGCUCUUGCAAAUUCGCGAGCUCCUCUAGCUGCUAUCUUAGACCAUCUGAACGUGCCAAGAUCCGGAACUCACCAUCCACUGUUCCAGGUCGCUAUCAACUACCGUCAAGACAAUUCUACUCGGUCCAAGUUUGGAGACAUUCCCAUUGAGUGGAUCGACGGCACUAAUCUUGGUUACCCAUAUGACAUGAAGUUCGAUGUUAAUGACACACCAGACGGGACAAGACUAUGUCUUGUAAUUCAAAGGUAUCUUUACGGGGCGUUGGAUGCGAAGAGAAUGGUGCGAUGGUACCAAGCCGCAUUGACUGCAUUUCUCUCCGAUCCUAACAUUUCCAUCGGCUCCUACCCCCUGAGCAGUCAAACAGACGACAACAACAAUAUCGCCUUGGUGGAAGGACCCAGGGCUACUAUGGAUUGGUACCACCACUCAUUGGCACAUCGAGUUCAGGAAAUGGCAAGCCUCUAUCCUGACUCGGUGGCAGUAAAAGAUGGUUUGGGACAACAUCUGACCUACUCGGAACUGAUAGCAAGAUCAGAAAAUAUCGCCGCCACCCUGCAUAGCACGAUCGGAGAUCGACCUGGUGCUAGAGUUGCUGUGCUUUUAACGGCCGUUUCUGACUUGGCCUGCUCACUGCUUGCUAUCAUGCGUCUUGGGCUCGUCUAUGUGCCUUUGGACACUCGCAACUCAGUCGAGCGUCUUGGAUCGAUUGUCUCGGACUGCCAGCCCUGUAUUAUACUGUGCCACCGGUCGACAGAGGCUCAGGCUGGUCAUCUCGCUACUGGCGAGAUUCAGGCCAUCAAUAUCGGAAAUAUUGAGAACCAUGAUUUAUUGAACUCAGGAUUCAGCACAAUUUCGACGGCAGCGAACCAAGCGGGUUUUGUAGCGUACACAAAUGGUACUACUGGAGCGCCAAAAGGCGUGCUCCUUACCCAUGCCGGCGUCAUGAAUCAGAUUUGGGGCAUCACUACUCGGUUCGGAGUUCGCCGCGAGGUCGUUCUGCAGUCAGCCUCACCAGAGUCAGACUUAUCAUUGGAACAAAUGCUCAUGUCUUUGGCCAAUGGGGGAACACUUGUCAUCUUGCCCCAAGAGUCUGUUGGAGAUGCAGUCAAGGUCGCUAACAUCAUGCUUUCUGAGGGAGUCACCUAUACUGGGUUCACAGCAUCCGAGUAUCUGGAUAUUGUAGACCAUGGGACCACUGUGCUCAGGAAGUGCACUUCUUGGCGGUUUGCAUUCUCCAGCCGAGAAACUGUCACAGCAAGACUCCGACGCGCAUUCAGGCAUCUGGACCUACCCAAACUAGAGCUCAUCAGUGGUUACGGGUCGGCCGAGACUAGCAUUUCCUGCAUCAGAACCCGGCUGGACUAUAAGAAUCCCUGCGAAGACGUUUCGGAUGAUAUCGGGGAAAACAUAUCUGGUCAUGCCAUGCCAAACUACUCCCUUGUGAUUGUGGACCAGGACUUGCGGCCUCUCCCGAUCGGAUACCCUGGUGAGAUCUGUGUCGCAGGGCCUGGGCUGGCAAAGGGGUAUCUGAACAGACCGGAAGAGCAAGCUCGAACAUUCAUCGACAAUCCAUUUGCCUCACCUGAUGACGUUCGUCGAGGAUGCGCAAAGCUCUUCCACAGCGGCGACAAGGGUCGAAUUCUCGAAGAUGGGUCUGUGCACUUCAUUGGACGACUUGGGGGAGGCAGGCAAGCCACUAUCCGGGGCACUAAAGUUGAUCUUGAUGAAGUCGCCAAUGUCAUUGUCCGCGAAGCAAGCCCGCAUAUUCUUGAUGCAGCUGUCUCUUGGCGUGAGGAGCCAGGGGUUCUUGUUGCCUUCGUUACACUCGCGCAUGACUUCGCAGGCGACAUGGAAGUGUGUUUCGGGAGAUUAAAAAGUACUUUGCCUCUCUCAACGUACAUGAUUCCAGAGUCGUUCAUCCCCGUUAAUUUCCUCCCAAAGACACUCAAUGGAAGUAAAGACUUGGACGCAAUCGACAAGCUGCUCAUCCCGGUAACGAUCCCGGACAGAAUGGCAACAUCAUUGUUCUCGCCGUUAGAAGCUCGGGUGAAGGUUAUCUGGGAAGGGAUCCUCGCAGCAGAUGAGAUGGCAGAUUUGACUCCUGAGUCGGAUUUCUUCAGCGCGGGAGGCAGCUCCUUGCUUGUCAUCCGUCUCCAAGCUGCUGUGCGGGCCGAGUUUGGAUCUCCGGUCGAGCGACAUGCUGUCCAGCGUUACGGCAUGGCGGAUCCUUUCUCGCUUGCCGCCAGCGUGGUCGGUGUAGCGGUGGCCGCCUUUCAAACAUCCAAGAAGCUUCAUGAUCUUGUCCAGGACUUCAAAGAAGCCCCUGGGCAGUUGUACAUUCUUGCUGAGAAAAUCGAGCGGGACGCGACCCUGCUGAAAUGCGCAGUGGAGCUUAUCCAGGAUCACGAUGCCCUUUACAAAGAUGAGCUCAAGGGCUUGAUUCGAGAUGUCAAUGGCCAGUUCGCCAAUAUCAGCAGUCUCAUUGACAAACUACUCCCGAAGUCCACGCGCAGUAGAGGGCACAAGUUGAAGCAAAUGGUGAGGGCAAUAUGGCAAAGCAAGAAGAUCGAGGAUAUCACGCUUCAAUUGGAGGCACUGAGGAGCACGCUGGCACUGAUCCUCAACGUAGCGCAGUACGCUGAGCAGAGAUCUUCGCGAGACAUGGCAGCAUCAGCAGUGGACAUAUUCAGGGCGCAGACCUCGCAAACAAUUGAAGACUGCUUCCGAAGUCUAUGGAAUCUUCAUAAUCAGGAACACCACUCUAUUCCAGAACCACAUAGGAAGCUGUUAACAUUCGAUGAAUCGCCUGCAGACAUGGCCGUUUGGAUGGCCGUCAACUUGUCGGCUCCCACUAUACCUACAAGGCCACUGCCGGAGCCCGAAGCUUCUGGCUCCAGUGUCAAAAUAGUCAGGUCACGAACAAAAGCUGCCUUGCCUUUUGGACCUGUGUCAAGAGCGAAGCCCAGGUAUCACAGGAACGGAGGGGCAGCCGGCCGAGACAUCGAAUUUCGAUCCGGAGCCCUGGACAUUAGAACCCUACAAACAUUUGGACUGCCUUACCAGGAGUCACCUAAUCCAGAUGGUAGCUCCAAGCUCGUUAUCAAGAGGGAAGAGGCUCUGAAACCUCACGAGGUGGACAUGAUUGUGGGAAUGGACAUAGUGAACAAGUUUCCGAGGUCCAAAACCUGGUCUAUUAACAAGACCCCGUUCAUGUACUUGCCAAAGGAUAUUGUCCUUUGUCGGCUUCUGACGGAAUGGACUACUCUAGACCCUCGUCAAAUCCAAGCAGUCCAACUUCCACUCGAAGAGGAAGCGGAGAUCGAUUCUGACUCGGACGGCGGUGCUAGUACCAUGACAAGCUUUUCGGAGGAAGAAGCCCCAGCGUCGACCCGAAGAAGGCAAAGCACUCGACAGCCGCUGAAUGAGAAGAUAAAGCGGGGCCCGACGAGGUUUGAAAGCCCGAGACCCCUUGCGGACAGAUUUAGUAAAGGCCGAGCGCCUUACACCGGGCCCCGGGGAUACGCGUACACGGUUGAUGGCUCCAUCGACUCAUCUUCGAGGUAUCCGGCUUAUGCGCAAGGCCAGGUGCCUUUCGAUCGGUCAUACCCAGGGAAUAACCAAGCGAUUCCACAACGAGUACAACCAUUACCCUACUCUCGAGCGCCUCCACCUCCUCCGCCGCCUCGUCCUCCAAUGCCUCCACCGGCGCGUCCGAAGCGAAACGAUUUUGCGUACACUGUUGGUAACGACGUCGGUGAAAUUCACCGCCCAAGUACUCCAAGCAUGCAUGAUAGUCCAACGACAGUUAUUGAUGGCGUGUCAAAUGUUGUACAGGAUAAUACGUACACGACCGAGGCUAGGCCAGACCCGUUGGUCGAACUUCGCAGGAGAACAAUGGGAAUGACUCCAGAGGCGCCUGGAAAGAGUCUAUCUCAGGAACCAAAGUCUGACGGGAAUGAUGCCAAAUUGGAACGACAAGGAGAUUCAAGUAGGCAUCGCGCCGGAAUUUCAAAAUCGGAAACCCUCCAGCAAGAUGAAUGGCAGAGAGAGCAGAGACCUAUCUCGACUGGGAGGGCCAGAACACGUUCGCACACUGAGACGGAGGAAAUAAUGAGAGCUCGCAUCUUCAAAGAAGUGGAAGAUAAUUUGAGGGCCAAUGGGGUGCCAGAGAAAGAUACCCCGCCGCAGACCCAACAAGAUUUGGAGAGUUGGCGCAAGCAGCUGAAAGUAGAGAUGCGUCAAGAAGUCGAAAUGGAGUUCCAACGACAACAAGAUCUCCAAGAGACAUACGAUCAGGCGUACGAGAAAAGCUAUGCAGAUUUGAAGCGCCACGAGGCCGAACAGGAAGACUUCAUCAACAGAAUAAAAGAACAAGCAAAAGCAGAACUGAGACAAGAGCAAAUAGAAGCAGAGAAGAGAGCACGAGAAGAGCAAGACAUUCGGGAGCGACUCAGGAAGAUAGCAGAAGCGGAGCGCGAAGAAGCCGAACGCCAGCACCGAGCUCGCCAAAUACAGCCCACGGAGGAGUUCAUUGAUCAGUCCAACGACCAUCCACACGGCAGGACCGCCGAUGUCGACAGGUCCACUCUGUUGGAGAAUGCUGUUCAACGGUACAUGGUACCAUAUGUAGAAUACGACAUAAUGUCAUACGUGACCGAAGAUACAGAAAGCUCGACGACCACAACCGAUGCCAGCGACGUCGACUCGGACGACUCCGACACCGACACAGAAACGGCCAGGACAGCAGUCGAGAGCCAAGAGCAGCGCGACAGGGGCCGAAACAGCGACGUCGAGCGGUCGCAGCCGUGGAAGGGCGCCGCGCACCUCGGCAACUUCGUCGAGCUCACCCCGUUCUACCUGCGCGGCAGCGACGCCGGCCAGACCUGGUUCCACGGGGCCGAGCCCAUCUACAUCGUCGAGUUCCAGGCAGGGUACGACGGGGAGACGGCCGCGGCGACACAGGACGACGCCGCGGACGGCAGAAGCAGCCAGCCACGCAAGCGGCCGUAUUUGUUGGUCAGCAAGCUCUGGGUUGAUGCCGAGGCUCUGGACAGGUUCGGCUUCAAGUAUGCCGAGGGCCCGCCGUCGCAUUUCUUCCUGGACCCUACUCUAUCUUGGGACUCGAUUGAGGUCCUGGUCAAUUUCACAUAUGCCCUCCGCGAGAUUGAGACGUUCAAGAAGCACGGGCAGGGCGACACCAAUGAAGAGGGGCUCUUGUGUAGCUCGCCGCCGCCACUGGACUUCUUCACAACCAGUGAAACCCAUGAAGCCAUGAAACCUACGAUUGCAAGCCAAGAGCCUGAAGAUGACGCACCGGCGGAAGACGGAAAUGCUGAAGAUACACCGCGGAGUCUCACAAGCCGUCUCACAUUUCCGCUCAGUAUCCUCAAUUUUGCUUUGCGCACAAUCACAUGA